AUGAGCCUGCAAACCGAGAUUUAUGUUACAAGUCGGAGUAGGACUCCCUCGUUAAUUGAUGUGACGUCUCAGAAUGAGAGAGUCUUUGCGCAGCUGCCUGACCUUAUUCAAGAGGCUGCGGUUUCCACCGAAUACCUGAAUCUGACUGAUGAAAAGUUGUUGGGGAAAUACGGGUCGGACCUUACUGCGAACUUUGCAGAUAUCAGAGCAUAUGGUGCAAAAGCGUUCUUUCAAAAGAAAAAUCUCUCGGAUGGAUCAUAUUACUCGCUCUGCACUUGCGCUACGGGAUACAUUUGGGUGACCGCGUCACUUACACACGCAAAUACCCGCGUUGGGCUCUUCUCGGACGUCGAAGUCCAGAUUGGGACCUUCGCUCUUAAAGCCAGGGCCAUCACCACCGCUGAGAUUCCUUGCCAGUACAAAUAUUCCGGUCCAGAAGACCUCUUGAAUGGACAACUCUCGCUCCUGUGUUCGACAGUUCUUGCAAAAUAUCUACGCCUGCGGAUGAUGGGUCAGCAAUACGAGGAAGCAGCAGAGACGGCUAUCAAGCAGAGUCGCAGCGAGUUAUCUGCACUUCGAAUCGUGGAUCCAGGUCUAUUCAGCAACCUCGACUGUCUACUUCACCAAGUAUGCACAAACGCACCAAUGCCACCAACAUCAGAUGUAUCUCUGAUCUCACGGUCAAUGAUCACGCGAAGAUGGCAGCUGUGGGGUGAGACAUCGAUAUUAAGGAGACGAUACUUUUUCCCUCAACGCAUCAUACGGUGUUUCCGCAGAUCUCGCCAUGAUUCGAUUGAUCUACUCAGCGACUGCUUCAGGGUGCUGCGGCCCGAGGAGUCCAAAAUACCGAUUCUCCGAACCUAG